CUUCGCAUACCUUGGGAAUACAUAACAACAUGUCAUCGCUAGAGAAACCGUCAGGCUUAGGACCGCCAGCAUGGCAGAACACUAUCAGAUUGAGAUUGAUGGAAAGGCAAGCAGAAGCAGAGCUGCAGAACGAAGUACUGGAUCAAUACCGAAGACUUUCGAAGACUGCGAGGGAUCUCAAGGAUCGGAAUAGAGCGCUUUUGAGAGGUGGAGCAGGAUCAGGAUCAGGAUCAGGUCCGUCUUCAGGUGAAGGCUCACCGGUGGUCUCCAGGCCAUCCCCCAUCUUGUCUCACCUGGACGCCCAAUUGUCAACAUUGCGCGCGGAGCUGUCUACUGUGUAUCGAACACAAGCGGCGUCUCAGAAUCGUCAGUUGGCCCUCUCAGAUGCUCUGAGAGAUCGAGAUGAAGAGGUUCGAGGGUUGAGAGAGGAAGUACGCGAGUUGAGGGAUGCGAGGGAUACAGCUGUGAGGAAAGAGAAGGAUUGGGAUGAGAGGUGGAAAAUGCGAACGAAGGAUUUGGAGACACUUAACGAUGAAAUUCUUUCACUCAAUGUCGAGUUAUCCGGAAUGGCUCAGAACAACGCAGCGCUCAAAGCGGACAACGCGUCUUUACUCCAACGCUGGCUGGACAAGAUGAACCUCACAGCCGAGGAGAUGAAUGAAGAUUUCGAGAAGGAAACUACAAAACAUGUUGGGAGUAAAGAGAGCGGUGUUCCAAGGGAUUUUCAACAAGGCGGGAAGAUCUAGUUGGACCUUCCCGCGAGAAUCCGCAGGAACAUCACCCAUUGCCAUCUGGAGAGCUUCCGCAUCGUGACGGUCCUUCACAUCCGCCUUCUUCAGCCGUCGAAGAAGACGAAUGGGAAAUGCUAGAGGAGUCUGAGGACGAUAAGGAGCCUGCACACCUCCUAGACGAGUCGACUGUUUUGGUCAAUAGCUUCAG